AUGGCUCCUACCAUGCGGCCUCUUGCUGCUGCCAACAUGCUGUCACAGGUCCAGCUGGCUGGACGCAGGGCCUACACCUCGCAGCGGCCUUCCCUCAUGGCCAAGCGCGCACAAUGGACCCCGCGGCCAGCACAGUCGAACAUUGUCCUGCGCCAAACCAUCCGCCAGCAGUCGACGGGGCCUUCGCCAAAGCCCAAACGUUUCCGCCUCCUGCGCUGGACAUGGCGCUUCACUUACCUCUCAGCCAUCGCCGGCCUGGGCUACGUUGGAUAUGGCAUCUACGAGUCGCGCAACCCAGCAGACCAGCCGCCACCCGACCCAAGCAAGAAGACGCUCGUGGUUCUUGGUACCGGCUGGGGAUCCGUCUCCCUGCUGAAGAAACUCGACACGGAAAACUACAACGUCAUUGUCGUCUCGCCACGCAACUACUUUUUAUUCACUCCCCUUUUGCCAUCAUGUACGGUUGGCACCAUCGAGCACCGCUCCGUCAUGGAACCCAUUCGCAACUUCCUGCGCCACAAGAAGGCCAGUGUCACAUACUACGAAGCCGAGGCCACCAAGAUCGACUACGAGAAAAAGGUCGUCUACAUCAGCGACGACUCGGAUAUCAAGGGUGACCUUUCCAAGAACGAGGUUCCCUUUGACAUGCUGGUCGUGGGCGUGGGUGCCGAGAAUGCGACCUUUGGCAUUCCCGGUGUCAAGGAGCACGGCCUUUUCUUAAAAGAGGUUGGCGACGCCCAGCGCAUCCGAAACCGCAUCAUGGACUGCUGCGAGACGGCUACCUUCAAAGACCAAUCGGAGGAGGAGAAGAAGCGUUUGCUACACAUGGUCGUUGUGGGCGGAGGCCCCACUGGUGUUGAGUUCGCCGGUGAGCUCCAAGAUUUUUUCCACUCCGACUUGAAGAAGUGGCUCCCCGAGAUCCAGAACGACUUCAAGGUCACCCUGGUCGAGGCUCUGCCCAACGUUCUGCCCAUGUUCUCCAAGCAGUUGAUUGACUACACCGAAAAGACCUUCAAGGAGGAAACCAUCACCAUUCGCACAAAGACCAUGGUCAAGAACGUGACAGAAAAGUACAUCGAGGCCGAAUCAGCGGGCCCCGAUGGCAAAAAGCAGGUCGAGAGGAUCCCCUACGGUCUUCUCGUCUGGGCCACAGGUAACGCACUCCGACCAAUCGUCAAGGACCUCAUCAACCAGAUCCCCGCACAAAAGGACUCCCGCCGCGGUCUUGCUGUCAACGAGUACCUCGUUGUCAAGGGUACCGAAAAUGUCUGGGCUGUUGGUGACUGCGCUGUUGCCAACUACGCCCCCACCGCCCAGGUCGCCGCCCAGGAAGGUGCCUUCCUCGCUCGCAUGUUCAAUCAGAUGGCCAAAACCGAGGCCAUUGAGACUGAGCUCAAGGAGCUGUCAGUUGCUCAGGAGAAGGCACCCGAUAAGGAGGCUCGUGACAAGGUCUUUGCCGAGAUCAAGUCGUUGCAGCAAAGGCUGCGAAGAGUCAAACAGCUUGGACCUUUCGAGUACUCCCACCAGGGUUCGCUCGCCUACAUUGGAUCUGACAAGGCCGUUGCCGAUAUCUCAUGGUUCGCUGGAAACAUUGCCAGCGGAGGCACGAUUACCUACAUUUUCUGGCGAAGCGCCUAUCUCAGCAUGUGCUUCAGCACCCGCAACAGGAUCUUGGUCCUUCUCGACUGGAUGAAGGCCAAGGCUUUCGGUCGCGAUGUGUCCCGUGUUUAG